UUGGGCCGGGGCUGCGUUCCCGGCCGGCCCGGUGCGCCCUCACUCCGGCUCCCCCGGCUUCCGGCUCCGGCGGGCGGGAUGAUGGCGGCGGCGGCCUGCGGGCGGCUCCUGGGCCCGGGGCGGCAGCGGGCGGGCCCCGCGGCAGCGUCUCUGUUGUGGUCUACAGUUCGAAGUGAGCGAUCUCAAAGCACUUCACUACAGCAAGGAAUUAUUGCCAAAACAUCAUUGUCCUCACCCCCAUGGCCCGGAGUCAAACUACCAGAUCCAAUAGAAGAGGCAAAGUUCCAUGCAGAGGUCGUGCAAAAAGUGAAUGAGAUGAUUGCCACUGGGCAGUAUGGAAGGCUCUUUGCUGUGGUUCACUUUGCCAGUAAGCAGUGGAAGGUAACCAGUGAAGAUUUGAUUUUAAUGGAAAACGUGCUGCCGGCUGAAUGUGGAGACCGAAUCCGACUGGAGAAGGUUUUGCUGGUUGGUGCCGAUGACUUCACACUAAUUGGAAAGCCACUUCUGGGUUAUCGUGCAGCCACAGACGGUCCUCCGGAUAAACACCAUAGAAAUUGCUCCCUGCUUGUCAUGACGGAUUGUUGGUCUAGUAGGGCUAGGUUUAUUUUUACUGCUUUAGGAAGUAUGGAAAUAAAGAACUCUUGUCACUGGAAAGUCUUGGGCUUUUUAUUAUUGGCUAUAAUGGAAACCUAUUUUUACUUUUUUAACAAACAUUGUUUGUUGAAAUACUAUUUCAGCUUUAAUGAUGUUUGUUUGUAACCAAUUCCUUCUGAAAUUCAGAAUCCAAGGAUCAUUGACAAGAUGUUUAAUUCCACUCCAGUCUGUCUUUGCCUGAGCUCCAGCACUCUCACAAGCAGAAGACAGGCAUCAUGGAAAAUAUGAAAGCAAGUGGUCAGCUCAGCUUUUAAAAUGGACGGAGAUCUAGUGGUGUAAAAGAGAAAAGCCACGUAACUUCACAGCCUUGCAGCUUAGACCCUGAUCCAGCAAAACAUUUAAGUGUGUUAAUAGCCUCAUUAAUUUCAAUGGGACUGCUCCUGUGCAUAGUUAUUCACACGCUUCAGUGCUUUGCUGGAUGAGGUCUAGUGCACAAACAUAAAUGAACCCUACAAUCAGGUCAAUAGACAUUGUGUGUAGCAUGUGAUUCCUCCCUCUCAUGACACAAUCACUACUGUUCCAUUCUUUGGGAGCUCAAAACCAGAGUAGUAUGAUAUGAUCCUUGCAGUUCUACAGCUCCAGAGAAUAAUGUGGUAUGGUAUGGUACAUAACAAACAUGGGGGCGACGGGAGAGAUGAACCUGGUGACUACAGGACUUGGAAUGCGCUUCACGAUGGGGCCGAUCGGUGCAAAUCCGUGUUAAUGAUUAGCAAGAGGAGAUGCAGCUGAGGAGUUAAUCCUCUUAAAGGUGAACCUGAUUAUUUCUAAAAAGCUGUUCAGAGUCCCAACCCAUUAGCAGAAGUCAUAUAAAUAGCCUUAGAAAUGACAGAUCUCUGCCAUAUUUGAAAAUGUUCUUUUGGCUGAGUUCAGGGUCCUUUAACAGCUGGUGGCACUAACAUUUAAAGCAGAGAAGAGGGGCCUAUAAGCUCUUUGGGACAGGGCCUCUCCUUUUGCUCUGUAUAUUUACAGUACAGUGGGGCCCCAGUCCCUGGGUUCAUGAUUGGGGCUCCUAGGCACUACUUCAGUACAAACAGUAAUGUAAGGAAGUGUUUCCAGAUGGCCUUUUGGCUAAGGCACUGAAUGGACUCCAGAGAACUGGAUUCAAUUCCCAAUUCUGCCACAGACGAACUGUGUGACGUUGGGCAAGGUGUUUAGUCUUUCUGUGCCUCAGUCCCCAUCAGUGUGUGUGGGGAUUGUAUUUCCUUUUCCCCACCUGUUGUCUAUAUAGAUUGUAAGACCUUUGGGGCAGGGACUGACUUUGACUGUACUGCGUGUGUACAGCGCCCGGCACAGCUGUAGCUCACGAAAGCUUAUGCUCAAAUAAAUUGGUUAGUCUCUAAGGUGCCACAAGUACUCCUUUUCUUUUUGCGAAUACAGACUAACACGGCUGCUACUCUGAAACCUGCUUUUUUUAGAUCUUUCAGCACAUUGUCAGAGUAGCUGUCAGAUUCCCUGCAGCUACUACGUAAAGUAAAAAAUGGCCCUUGCUCAGCACUUCCUAGGGGGGGUAAUAACCCUUUCAAAGUGGCAGAGACUAAGUCCAAAGAAAGGGUGUUGAAGAGGGCCCAACAUCUCAUUUACAAAUCCAUCCGGUUCUCUACCACCCUGUGCCAUAAUAACAUUCAUUAUAAAUAUGCUUGGGUACUUGUGCUGUGAGCCUGAGAGAGCUAAGCAGGGUUGGGUCAAGGGAGUACUUGAAUAGGAGCCUCCAAAGGAUCACUAGGUGGUGCAGGAAACAGAAUUAGGGUAUCCACACUACAAAGACUGUUCCAGUGUAGCUAUGCCAGCAUAGUCUCAUCGUGUGGAUGCAGCCAACACCAACAGAAGGGGUUUUUCUGGUGGUGUUGGAACUCCACUUCCCUAAACAAUGGUAGCUACAUUUGUCCAUUUGACAUAGCUGUGUCUACACUGUGGGUUAGGUUGGCAUAGCUACAUCAGUCCCAGCAAUUUUUGGUGUCUUUCUUAAACCCCCAGCUGCCAGAACCAAGAGACUGGAUGAGAAUCUCUUUUCAUUUUUUUUUUAAAUUAAACUUCUAGCUCUCUUGGUUGUAGAAAAAAGCUUGAUAAUGUGACGUGAGUGCAACCUAAAGGCUGAGAAACCAGAAAGCAAAUAAAAAGAACCCACCUUUUAUCAUUU